AUGCAGACAUUUCUAGUAUCAUUGCUGGUGCUUUUAAUUUUUGGAAAUACUUUGCAAGCUGAUCAAUCUAUAAACUAUAGACUAUUACCAACUCAAGGAGAUUCUGUUAAUCAAAAUUUCAUAAAAGCUAUAGAGACUCUUGUCCACAGAGCUUUAAAGUAUUACUACCAAACAUGCUACAUUAUAUCAGCAGUUAGUGACGAGAAGGAUGAAUAUUUCAUAAAUUUUAAAACUGAGUUGCUGACAACAAUCAACAAGAACUAUGGAAUUAGAUUAGAAACUAUGGAUUAUGACAACUCAAUCAUCAGGAAGGUACGACAGAACAGCAUUUUCUUACUCGAUGACAUAGAGAACUUCCACAUUGUUGAAAAGACGAUUAUUCCUGAAAGAUAUCGAAUGAAUGGGAACUUCCUAUUUGUCCUAGUCGAUGGAUAUUUUGAUGAACUUCAAGAAAUUUAUGAUACUUUAUGGAAGAAGAACAUCUUUAGCUGCUAUGUGAUUUAUGAGUACGGAAAUGAAAUUAUUCUCAAUACAUUUCUUCCAUUCGAGGAUUCAUCAGCAUGUGGAAGUACUAAACCUAAAAUUAUCUCUAAAUUUGUGAAUGGAAAGUUCGAUAACAAAGUUCUGCUUACAGGAAAGCUUCAAAACCUUAACGAAUGUCCGAUAAGAAUGAUUGCUUACCUAGAUCCUACAUACAUCAGAAUGAGAAAAUUCAAAAAUUCAUCUUAUGAACUUUAUGGACGUGGAAUUAACUUUAUCAACGUCAUAUCAGCUGCUUUGAACUUCACAAAUGAGAUAAGUGUGGCAAAAGGUGAGCUGCCAUGGGGUCUUGUAUAUGAAAAUGGAACUUGCACUGGAAAUUUUGAGGAAUUACGAAAGAACAGAUAUGACAUGGGACUAGGUGAAUUUUAUAUGAAAGCAGUAAGGAGUAAAUAUUUUGAUAACAGCAUAACACAUCACACAACUCCAAUGGUCUUUAUUAUACCGCCUGGAAGACCAUAUAAAGCAAUUGAGAAGAUGUUACAGCCUUUUGAUCAUGUCGUAUGGAUUAUAUUACUGAUUACAAUCACGAUAGCAAUUACCAUCAUUUGUGUCGUAAACACACGAUUUAGGAAUCUCAAGUCAUUUAUCUACGGACGAGGCGUGAAAUCUCCGGUUAUGAACAUUCUCGUUGGAUUAUUUGGCUUACAGCAAACUGUUUUGCCAGGGCGGAAUUUCUCAAGAUUCAUACUGAUGAAGUUUCUGAUUCUAUGCCUCGUUUUGAGAAGCAUAUAUCAAGGUUCACUAUUUCAAUUCCUUCAAUCAGACAAACGUCACCGGGAAAUUCAGUCAGUUAAUGAAAUGAUAAAGAAGGAUUUUACGUUCUACAUGUACGAGACAGGUGCUGAUGUCUUACAAAACCACACUGAGAUCAUUAGUCGAAAACAGCCGAUGAAUACCACAGUAAACUUUAUGCUUUAUGCUCAAUUAAAUGGCAAUGAAAAAAUUGCUGCAUUGGAGUCAUUAAUGACAAUUGAAGCUGAAAUUUAUAAUGGAUCAAAUAUCAAGUACUGCAAGGAGUCUGUAGUGACAUUCAACAUAGUCUUCUACUACAGGAAGCAUUUUUAUCUUCGAGACGAAAUUGACAGGAAAAUUGACAGCUUACUAUCUUCUGGUAUUCUUGAUCACUGGGUUAAAAGUUCAUAUAAAUACUUUGGGUACCGCCACUUUAAAGAUCUUCAACCAAGAAAGCUUACUCUUGAUGAUCUCCGAGGACCCUUCUGUGCUUUGCUUAUAUUUCACUCAGUUUCGUCGAUUGUUUAUUUGAUGGAAAUGAUAAUCGAUAGAAAUAAGGUCAAGAUUUUAGAGAAAAUUGGCAGAUACAAACCCAGAAUAUUUUUAAAAGAGUUGGGCAUACAAUAAAUAUGAUUUUUGAUUGCUGAUCUAUUUGUGGUUAUACUCUUUAAAAAUUAAAUAAAAUAUUCUUUCGAUUGACUUUACU